GCCUUGUCGGUCACGUGGUUUUGACGUGUCGGACUUGGCUCGAUACAUUUUGCUACAAGCAGCUACUCUUUUCUUGGAUCUGUAGCCGCUCGUGUUGCUAGUUUCGUCCAAACGGCGCACAAAAUAUCAUGGAAGGCAGGGGUUACGGCUCUGGUUACUCCAGUUGGGGAGGUGGAGGCUCUGGAAGCAGAGGUUCAGGUGGUUUCGAUAUGCACGGGGGAGGUUACAAGGAUUCCAUGUCUGGACUCGGAGGCUAUGGAGGUGGCAGUGGCCACAUGAAAAGAGGGCUCUCGGGAACAUCUCUGCUCUCAUCCACGGGCACCCAUGCAGAUGCAGUCAUUGCUAAGAUUAACCAGCGCUUGGACAUGCUCACUCAGUUGGAGGGGGGGUUUAAAGGGGGUCGAAGUGACAGGUUUGACCAGUACGAGUCAUUCGACUCGCGCUCCUCCGCUUUUGCCUCCUCCCGAGAUCUCUACAGAUCUGGCGGCGGUAGCUAUGGUUUUGGUGAUGGCCGGGAGGACAGCAUGCUGUUGAGUCAGCGAGGAGGCCAGGGCUUCGGAGGGGGACUUGGGCUAGGAGGAGGAGGAGGCUUUGAUAGCCCCUCCUCUUCCUAUGGAGUCGCUAAAAUGCGACAGAAUAUGAGGGAGUCCUUCACCAGUCCCCAAGGAGGAGGUUCUGGAGGUGGAGGAUGGGCUGGAGCAGGCCGACGUUCCCCCAGAAGGGGUGGAAGCGCCGGGGGUCGAGGAGCUACUGGAGGGUUUGGAAGCCGCAGGUCAGACCCCACUCCAUUAAGCGGAGGUUUGCGGGGAAGUGGUAGCGGUGGCCAGUCCCACCGCGGCCACUCUCCAGGAGGUGGUAGAGGAAAGCUCCCUUCCCUCCUGUCCAACCGCAUGUACCCUGAGAGUGGGGGCUUCCAGGGUUCUACUCAAGGGCCUCACGACUUUCCUGGGAGGCAUUUUGGAGGGGGCCCACGGGCUGGCCGGCAGCGAGGCCGCAAGAGACCCCUUAACAAACAGGUGAAGCCACAGCGGGAUAUUCAGAAGAAAAGAAAGCAGACCCCGACAUCAGGUGACGAGCCAGAGUCGAAGAUGAACAAGACGGACAGUGCCGAGUCAGAGGCUACGCAAGAGCAACCAGAGAAAAACGGCGAUGGUGGUGAGGCAAAGACAACAGCUGCUGCGGAGACAAAACCUGCUGAAGAAGGUGAUAAAGCUGCAUCCAAACUGGAAGAGAAGAAAAAGCCACAGGGCAAACAGACACCGCCCCAGGGUCAGGACAGGCACCCAAAAAUGAGGAAGAGACGAGGAUUCCUGGAAAGGGUGAUGUUUGCAUGUUCUGUGUGCAAGUUCCGUUCGUUCUACAAGGAAGAAAUGGAAGCUCAUCUUGAGAGUCGCUUCCACAAGGACCACUUUAAGUUCCUUUCCAGCCAGUUGUCCAAGCCCACUACAGACUUUUUGCAGGAGUAUUUGCAGAAUAAGUUUAAGAAGACAGAGGAGAGGGUGAGCCAGCUGGAGAACCACAGUGCUGCAAUCUGCCAGGUGUACAAAGAGCAGGACCUCACCAGGGAGCUUGGAAUGGAGCACUUUAUGAGGAAGGUGGAAGCUGCUCACUGUGCAGCAUGUGACCUCUUCAUUCCCAUGCAGCCCCACCUGAUACAGAAACACAUCAAGUCUCCUGACCACAACUACAACCGCAAGGGUAUGAUGGAGCAGUCCAAGCGGGCCAGUCUGUCAGUUGCUCGAAGCAUCCUUAACCACAAACUCAUUGGCAAGAAGCUGGAGAGCUACCUCAAGGGUGAAAACCCGUUCACUGGUAACCAAGAUGAACAGGAUCCAGAAGACAGCAUGGCAAUGGACGUAUCAGAGUUGGAGGUCACAGGCGAAGCGGCAGAGAGCCAGGCGGAAGGAGAACCUGCCAAAGAUGAGCCUGCUCCUGAGGGGGAGAUUAGCAAAGAGGGGGUCGAAGGAGAAGCAGGAGAGACUGCUGAAGCAGCAGCAUCAGAAGAAGCAGCAGCAGGCACGGAGGAGGAGGAAAAGAUGGAGGAGCAGCAGGCGAACCAGGAUGAGGAGGAGCAGCAGGCGAACCAGGAUGAGGAGGAGGAGCAGCAGGCGAACCAGGAUGAGGAGGAGGAGCAGCAGGCGAACCAGGAUGAGGAGGAGCAGCAGGCGAACCAGGAUGAGGAGGAGCAGCAGGCGAACCAGGAUGAGGAGGAGCAGCAGGCGAACCAGGAUGAGGAGAACCAGGAUGAGGAGGAAGGUUUUGAAGUUGGGGAGGAGGAGGAAGAGGAUGAGGGAUAUGUGGUUCAUGAUGAGAUUGGUGAAGAGGGAUUACACGGUGACUUGGGAGAUGAAGGAUUGGAGGCAGCAGUGCUCGAAGAGGAAGAUGCCAAUGAUCAUGAAUGAUUUCCGCUCUGUGUGAGUGAGAGAGAGAGAGAGAGAGAGAGAGUGUAACCUUUCCACCUGAACAUCUGUUUGGACCAGUCUAUGACCUCUACUGUCCAGUUUGACUGCCACGUGUAUUGUGGAUUACAUAUACCUGCUCCAGUCAUGUUUCACUGUCAGUCUGAGCUUGUUAUUUGAGUUUGGUAAAAGCAGUUGCACAUUUUGUCUACUGCUCUUCUUCACUUUCCUGCAGAGAUUUACAUGAAAGCAAAUGUCAAAAAUAGUAACUCUUGUCUUCUGCAUGCAUACAAAGUCUCAACGAAGUUAUGGGUAGACGACUUUUUAAAUAUCAGAGUAGACCGGACGUGUGGUUUACCCUUCCUCAGUCUCAACGCUGAACUGGUCUGUUCCCAGGAAUAGCUUUGUACUCGGUGCAGACAGAGGCAUUGUUGGACUUCUCAUUUCAACUUUGGCAAGAAGACACAUGAGCAUAUUUAUGAAAACGUCAAAGUAAUUUUUUUUUUUUGUUGUUGUUGUGCCUUUUUGUUAAAAUGUAAGUUGUUUAGAAUUAAGAAAUUGCGGCUAUUGUAACAUUGAGAUAUAUUGUGUACUUUUUUUGGGGGGGGGGGGUGUUCGAGAGUUUACACAAUGUCAUGGCUUUCUGGCCUUUCCCAGUAUUGAUGAAUGACCAUUUUCCAAACUUUUGGAUAAAUCUAUAAGGAGGGCUUUUUAACUCUGCAGGUGGGGCUGCCUGAGAUGAUUGAGGGGACUGUUUGUAGGAUAAGCGUGCAACAUUUUGAAUAUCAUUCGGAAUAUUUUCAGUCAUUUUAGUUUUGUCUCGGUCUGGGAAAGAAAUAAACUCGUUGACUAAAUCA